AUGAGAGGCACUCACCUCCCGGCUGCCUUGCUCCUCCUGAUCCUCGUUCACAGCGGCUUGCAGAGCCCAGUCCAGGAGACAGAGGACGACUCCAGCUUACUGUCAGAGGCCACGACGCUGGACGACCCCGGGGAGCUCUCGGCCAUGAAGAGGCACUCUCAGGGCACGUUCACCAACGACUACAGCAAGUAUCUGGAGACACGGCGCGCGCAGGACUUCGUCCAGUGGCUCAUGAACUCCAAACGUGCCGGGGAGGUCACCAGGCGCCACGCUGAGGGCACCUACACCAGCGACAUGAGCUCCUACCUGCAGGACCAGGCCGCCAAGGAGUUCGUCUCCUGGCUGAAGAUGGGACGGGGUAGACGGCAGUAGAGCUCCCUUUCUA